GCAGUGCAUCCCAGCAACGAAGUCUAGCGAACCGCGGCUCCAGACGGACCCGGACGCAGACUUCGAUUUCAUGAGGAUCAUCGCGCUCUCCGUCUUGGCCUGUGCUGCCAGAAGGGUGAAGUUCUUCCAGAAGGCCAUAGAUGCUCUUGGCGAAGCCAAAAGCCUUUGCCUUGCUGGCGGAGACACUGUGCAGCAGCACCCGCUGCUCAUUGCUCUUACGUUGCUGAACCUCUCAGCGGUGCUGGGCGACAUUGACCAUGAUGAGCAGGGUCUGCGGUGGGGCCUGGAGGCCUUGGGCCUCAUGUACAACAUCUUCUCGAAUGUGGAGCUGCCGGAAAUGAUUCAGGCCUAUUACCUGGCCUUGGCCUGCCACAACGCCGCGCUGCUGGACGUGAAGCUCGGGCGAUGGGCGGAAGCCCAGGAGCUUGUGGACGAGGGCAUCGAGUUCACAAAG